UGUUUAACUCUAAGUAAAAAUGCAACAAAAAUAGUUAAUUCAAAAAGAGAAGCAUUAUUAGCUGCUUUACAAAAACAUUUGGAUGAACAAAUGCCUAAUAAAAUUGAGGCUUCUAUUCGAAUGGCUGAACUUAUUUUAAGAAUAUCGAAUGUUCAUAAAGUUGCUGCAUUUAAACGAGAAACUUUAUGUACAAUUGAAACAUUUAAUUUAAUGUCUCCACAUCCAUUAACUAUGGAACUUUCCAAAAAAUAUGCUGAAAUUUCUUUCUUUUAG